AGUUGAUUCUCCGACAUCCUUUGCUCCGUGCUGAAUGGCACCUCCUCGAUCAAAGCCGUCUACGGGCUACAAUGAGUUCAAGAAGAGGGAGAAGCAGCACAAGUUCCAGCGGAAAGCGAAACAGAUGAAGAAGUACCAUCGCAUGCUCCAGCACGAGGACAAGUCUGAAAGUGUUAAUACCGCUCGAGAGGACUACGAAGAUCGUUUGUUCAACCCUUUUGGUAAACCUCGCGUCACUGAGUCCACUCACGAGACGAAAGUUGUUGUGGACGAGAAACCGGUAGUUGAGGAGCCAACCGAGCCAGAACAUAACAUGGCCGAGGACGAGGUGAUUGACGAAGGUCUUCAGGCUGAUAAGAAGGAUGAUGAGAUUUUGGAUGAAAUGCCUGCGGCCCCCGAGCCUACGAAACAAAGAAAAGGUGUCGAUGUUAGAGAGAAUCCGUUCAAGAAGGAACAGCGACAAUACCAACAGCGGGAAGCAGAGCGCGAGCGGAGAGAAAAGGAGAUCGAAGAACGUGAAAUAGAAAUAAAAAACCAGAAAAUUCGUUCGGCAAAAGCGAGACGAGCACAUGGACGUUUAUUGUCGGCCAGAACGAAGAAGGGGCAGCCGAAGAUGCACAUGCAACUCGAAAGCAUGAUGAGAAGGUACAAGAAGAAACAGCAGACGGACUGAUCGCUACUACUCAUACACGCAAGCGUACGUAAAUAUCUAUCAGUAUCGAG